ACACGCUUUUAUUUUGGACUUUAGUCCGCAACGGCACCACCUCCUUUGACCCUCAUGUGCUGCCGUCCUGGGUCUAAAGCAAAAUUACCCCGGAUCAUAACAACAGGUCCCGUCCAUUACACUUUUUCCUCGCGACAAUGGAAGCAGCUCGGACCGACUCCCUCUUCCCACACACACGGAUGCUAUCGAGCAGAGCACGGAGUCGAUACUGUAGCACGCGCUGAAGGACAAACGGCUGGAUAUGUAAAUGUGGGUGUUUAUCAAAGCGCAUAUUAAUGCGAUAUACUCCGGACUAUUGUUAAGUCCCACGUGGACUUUUCCUUUGCUUAAGUUGACAAGCUUUUCUCCGCUCACGCCGAUCUUUAGCGUGCGUAAAGCUGUGCGUAAUCUGUGCGUAAAGUUGAUCUGCAUACGUUGCGGGGCAGAAUUAAGAUAUCACCGCUUUAUUUAUGAUCCUUACAACUCUUAUAGGGACAAUAUGCAUACUCCUGCGAGACGAUUUGUUUUGUGAUCGCAUAAUCAAAGUGGGGAAAUUGCUGUUUCAUAGCCGCGCACUCUUUGUUCGCUGCAACAAAGGAGAGAGGACUAUAUUUCUGGAUCAACUUUUUACGAGUUUUAUCGUACAAUAACCUUUGCAUAACAACUAUUUUUCUCAAGCGUUGCCCGAGGCACUGCGCAGGCGCGCUGGCUGCUUGCUGUCACUAAGACAUUUUUCUUCACGUUGGAAACUGUCACUGGUGACGUCAAUCACCAAGCGCUGACCAAUUAGAGCGCAGGGUGAUUGUUUAGCUCCACGGGCUGCAGCGCCUACCAUGAAUCUCUAUUCAGUAUCAAAGCGUCCUGCUGCUGCCUCUCAACCGAAUGGGAUUCCAUGUAGUCUGCAGAUAGAAUUAACUUCAUAAAGUUUUUUUUUCUUUAUUUUUCAUUGCGAUUAAAAUAUAUUUGUCAUCAUCAUUAUUAUUUUGCCUGCUGUCAAGUUAUUCUAAAAUUAGGAAGUAAUGAGCGUGGAUGCUUUGGGAAGCCCCGUGAUGGACCCUACGUUCUCCAAACGGAACACGGCGCUGAGAUUAGUUGACUUGGCAGGGGCUCACCACCAUCACCAUCAUCACCACCAUACCCCUCAGAGCGUGACAGGCUUCCCGGGGUUCAGCAGCCAUCCACACUCAAUGGCUCACUCGCACCCUGGGGAGAUUACUGCGGAACCCCGCCUGGGGCCGAGUCCAUUCGGGCCAGAACACAUGGGGCACUCCGCGGCCCUCAAAAUCAGCCCAGCCCAUCAUUAUCCCCACCAUCAUCACCACCACCACAAUCAUCAUAUGGCAGGCCACAGUGAAGUGGUCUCCAGUCAUACGGGAGCUUUUGGCCCGGUUCAGGCGACAUCGGUCCCUUAUUCCAUGUCUCACACGGCCCAGGCUCUAUCCGCAGGUAGGGAUUUCCUCAUCCGGAGAGAUCUGACGGCUCAAGCCAUGCCAGUGCUGUCCGACCAGACUGCUGGUUCCGCGUCUCACCACGGAAUGUUUGUCUCAACAACAGGUAGCUAUCCCGGACACUAUGGCCAUCACCCUGACGCUGGGAACCAUACGCUCUUCUCCGGACUCCACCACGACCAGUCUUCUAGCGGAUCACCGGGUGGCCAGGCGUUGAGUGGACAAAUAAGGUUAGGACUACCUGGAGAAAUGUACGUUAGGUCUGAUCACUUGAGUCAAGUGGCAAGCUCCAGGGCGGAUCCGUUCUCCGCCUCGCCGUUGCAUGGCUACGGUGGUCUGAAUCUGAACAUGAAUCUGAGCGCUCACCACCACCACCACGGAGCCGGAGCCUUUUUCCGCUACAUGAGGCAGCCGAUAAAGCAAGAGCUGAUCUGCAAGUGGCUGGAGCCGGAGCACGCGCCGAAGAAACUUUGCUCGAAAACUUACAGCACCAUGCACGAACUCGUAACGCAUGUGACGGUGGAGCACGUCGGAGGACCGGAGCAGGCGAACCACAUAUGUUUUUGGGAAGAGUGUCCGAGGGAAGGCAAGCCAUUUAAAGCCAAGUACAAACUUGUAAAUCACAUCCGAGUGCACACCGGGGAGAAACCGUUUCCAUGCCCGUUCCCCGGCUGUGGGAAAGUGUUCGCGAGGUCCGAGAAUCUAAAGAUCCACAAAAGGACGCACACAGGUGAAAAGCCCUUCAAAUGUGAGUUCGACGGCUGCGACCGACGCUUCGCCAACAGCAGCGACCGGAAAAAGCACUCCCACGUCCACACCAGCGAUAAGCCCUACAACUGCAAAGUGAGAGGCUGCGAUAAGUCCUACACGCACCCCAGCUCCCUGAGGAAACACAUGAAGGUGCACUGCAAGUCCCCCCCUCCCAGCUCGGGCUACGAGUCGUCCACCCCGUCCCUGGUCUCCCCCUCCUCCGACCUGGGCCGGGAGCCAGGAGCCUCCUCGGUGCUGUCGGAGCCGGUGGGGGCUUCCCAACCGGCGAAUUUAAGCGAAUGGUACGUGUGCCACAGCUCAGGUGCCAGCGGCGCCCAGACACCACCCAGCGGGCCCUCCACACCCGACCCCACAGACGAGCCACCUUACAGGAACCCAGAACCCAGGGACGCGUUUUAACGCACCUCGGACUCCUAAACCGCCGCUGCAGAGGUGACAAGAACACAUUUUCACAAGCUUCACUAUUGUAAAUGGUUUGGCUUCGGUGCCUGUACGCCUGUUGAAGGCCCACUGCCACCCCCCCCCCCCCCCCCUUUGAUUUCUGGAUGAACCACCAAACAGACACCCAGAGCCAAGAGACGCAUUUUAACCACAUUGGAAGGAAAAUGUGUAAACGUUAAAGACGUGCUAAUUUCCAGGCACAGUAAAAGAUUAUAUUUUCAAACCUCAGCUAUUACGCCCUGACGGCCCACUGGUCCAGUUGUGGAGGGGGGAGCGGUGUAAAUCCGUUAGACUCUGUGGUACUUUAUUGUAUAGGAUAGGCAUGUUGGCGUAAAAUUAUUUUGUAAAUUCGAGUUUCUGACUUCAAUAUGCUUUUAUUUAUUUUUCAAUCCGAUAUCGAGGGAAUUUUUUUUGUAUUAUCGAACCAAAGUGCAUGUUUCAAUUCGGGAGAAAAAACCCUGUACAUUUGUAAAUUUUGUAAGUUUCGAUGUGUUGAUGUUGAUAGUUUUUUGUAAGGGUCUGUUUCAGAGCAGUGUCUCUCUGCAGUUAUUUGUACAAACGUUGUAUGUUUACAGCACCCCCCCCCCCCCUCCCCCAUCUGUGCAGAGGCUCAACUGUUUCAUACGCCUGCAGUAUUUGAUAUACAACCGUGAAAUUCUAAAUGUUUUAUCAAAUUGGGCAUUUUGUGAUUUUUUGUAUCAUUGUCGUCAACUUUUUUUUUGUUGUUUUUGUUCCUCUUUUGAAUAUCUCAAAUCGAGUGGCACUCAAAAUGCGCACCGAAUUGCCUUGUAAUUUGUGAGUAUUUUGAAUAAAUCUUGUAUGACAAAAACGUGAGAA